AUGUCAACCGAAACUGCGGACAAGAUCUACGACGUCAUAAUUGCAGGUGCAGGCCCUAUCGGACUAUUCCUGGCAUGCGAGCUCGGACUGGCAAAUAUAUCAGUAUUGAUUCUUGAGCGCGACGAGGAAGCCAAGUCACCAUGGAAAGCCGAACCACUGGGCCGACGAGGUCUCAACACGAUCUCGGUGGAAGCCUUGUAUCGACGAGGCCUACUGGACAAACUGUUCGACGAUCCCGCGAAGCGAGCAUGGCCAGCGCAAAAGCAAGGAGGGUUUCGAUUUGGUGGACACUUUGCGGGCAUGGCCGUCAAUGCUAAUCUGCUUGAGCUGGAGCGCUUCAAGUAUGUCGUUGCGGGACCGGCGUUGUCACCUUGCCCAAUGAUCAUGGAGCGUCUGGAAGGGGUCCUCGCUCAACAUGCGGAAAGUCUGGGGGUUACUAUCAUUCGAGGUGGCGGUGUCAGUGGAAUCACCUCGCAGGACGACAACGGAGUGACGGUUGAGACUGGAUCUGGUCGGAAGUUUCGCGGCAAGUGGCUUGCUGGCUGCGAUGGUGGACGUAGUUUAGUCCGCAAGGCUGCAGGAUUCGAUUUCGUCGGUACAGAAGCCAAAUUCACUGGGUAUGCAACACAAUGCGAAUUCGAGAAUGCAGACAAGGUGAAGCAGGGGUUCAAUUUCACUCCGAAUGGGAUGUACGUCCGAGCUUGGGCAGACGCCCUCCACAUGAUGGAUUUCGACGGUGCGACUUUUGAUCGCACGCAGGAGAUAACUAAAGAGCAUCUCCAAGACGUUGUGCGACGGGUUACAGGCGUUCCUGAUGUUGUGGUCAAGAAGAUUCAUCUGGCUUCCACAUUCACGGACCGAUCCAAGCAAGUAUCAACGUAUCGAAAAGGCCGUGUUUUGCUCGCCGGUGACGCUGCACAUAUCCACUCACCUAUCGGUGCACAGGGCCUGAAUCUCGGAAUCGGAGACGCUAUGAACCUGGGCUGGAAGCUAGCUGCAACCAUUAGACAGGAGGCCAUAUCUGGUCGCGCACAAACAAACCUGGCACUGCUUGAUUCAUACGAGAUUGAGCGUCAUCCCAUCGGAGCUGCUGUGCUGGAUUGGACUCGGGCACAAGUCUCGACAAUGGAGCCAAACCCGUUUGGUGGGGCGAUUCGAGAGCUCGUUCGAGAUCUCAUCGCGACCACCGACGGGACAAACCUCUUGAUCGAGCGGCUUUGGGGGAUCUCCCAACGAUAUGAUCUCGCAAAGGGAGAUGCAGACAGUCAUGCGCUCCUUGGCCGCAGCAUGCCGGAUUUCGAGCUUUUGGAUGGCUCAAGAAUGGGCAUUAAAUUGGAGGAAGGCAGAGGCUUGUUGGUCGAUUUCGAAGACGAUUCCACCCUCAAGGAUCUCAUCGCCGGUGGUACCUUUGGAGCAAGAGUUGAAUACCUUGCCGUUGAUGUGCAAGAUAGACUUGACCUCCGGGCUUUAUUAGUGCGGCCGGAUGGCGUUGUCGCGUGGGUGACCGAGAAGGGACAAACUCCGGAGAUUGAGACGCUAAAGGCUGCACUGGAUCUAUGGUUUAGAUGCUAG